CUUCUUAGAUUUAAUUGCAAAAAAAUACCUUCAAGUCUUUAUGUUACAAGGCAAUUAGGGAAAAAUGAAUAUUUUGCUCGACAACUUCGAAGUUGGGCUCAUAUAUUAGCAAAAGAAGAGGAAAUUCCGAAUUCUAUGCGUGGAAACAUAUUAAA